AUGCUUGGCGUUGUUGGAUGUGUGGACGGAACUCACGUGAGAUUACCAGCACCUACUCAGAAUGAAAACAACUAUGUCAACAGAAAAGGUUUUCAUUCUAUCAAUGUACAAGGUGUCUGCAACCAUGAAGGCAUGUUAACCGAUGUUGUUGCCCGCUGGCCAGGAAGUACUCACGAUAGCCACGUCUUUCGGACCAGUAACAUUUGCGGUUAUUUGCAAAAUAACCAUCGCUCCCUCGAUGAUGGCGUUCUUCUCGGGGACAGUCCAUUCCUAAUGACACCGUUCGCAACAACAAGAACUCCAUCCCAAGAAGCCUACAAUAGUGCACACACAAAAACGAGAGUGGCGAUCGAGCAAACAUCCGGCCGAUGGAAAAGGCGAUUUCAUGUGUUGCAUGCAGAAAUUAGAAUGGCACCUGAAAAGGUUUGCAUGAUUGUGGGUGUGUGUGCAGUGUUGUACAACAUUUCUUUGCUGUUACAGAAGGCUAUUUCAGACGCACUGAAAUUUUGUUUACGGGCUUUGCGUGAGACCGUAGGGGAAGACAUUCUGUAG